GUCAGUUGACAAUACAGGUUCUUACUGCUGGAGCUUUGCGUUGUAUCUGUAUUUUCACUCCAUUUUUUGCUUUUCAAGCAUAUGGAUACUAUAAUAUAUGCCUAGGACGUGACCUACAUGAAAUGAGGCCCUGGUGCAAAGCAAGAGUACCUCUGCUGUACAAUUUUAUUCAAAGUCAUUAUUGGGGAGUAGGUUUCUUAAGAUAUUUUCAAUUAAAGCUGUUGCCAAACUUUUUACUCGCAUCCCCUAUAUUGUCUUUGGCGGUUUGUUCAAUUAUCUACUAUGCAAAGUCGAGGCCUGAAAGCGCUUUUUGCUCCCUGGGGUUUCAAGCUUCUAUAGAGGAAAAGAAUUCUUCAGCUCUGCUUUUUUCUCUAGAGUCAGUUCCAAGAUCAAAUAUAGCUCGCCUGCCAGAGAAAUCUUACUCUAAGAUACAAGAAAAUCACAACCUUAGACAGAGGAAGCAUACGAAUAUAGUGGAUCCCAUUGCUCUCCCAAUAGAAAAUGAUCCAUUAGCAAAGCUGGGAUACUUGUCUCUGUUCUCCCAUUUGUUCUGCAGUUGGGAUUUAUGGCAGCUACAGCAUUUUUUGUCAUGCAUGUGCAGGUGGCUACACGUUUCCUGUCAGCCAGCCCUCCCCUUUAUUGGUUUGCCUCACAUUUAAUGGUACAUCCUGGUUCUAAGAGAUGGGCAUAUCUAAUUUGGGCGUACUCUGCCGCGUACAUUCUUCUCGGUAGUUUACUCUUUUCAAAAUUUUAUCCUUUUACAUGAUAAGCUCCAUUGUGGAACCCUUACAUGAAAAGCUUCAUUGUGGAACUCCAAUAAAAA